UCCAUCCGGAGUGUGAAAGUUGGAAGACUAGAUCCCGAUGACUCUUUUGGAAAUGAAUUGAUCAUUAAUGAAUAUCAGAUUGAAUGGCACAGAGGUUUUAAUCAGGUUCUUCCAGUUUCUCUGUGUAAUGAAUAUUGUCACCCUGGAUAUUGGAAGAGAAAAUCUGAAGAGAAAAGUUUCUGCUGCUAUGACUGUGUUGCAUGUCCACAGGGAAAGAUUUCAACUGAGAUAGACACAGAAGAUUGUUUCAAAUGUCCUGAGGAUCAGUAUCCAAGCAAAGUGCAAGAUCGAUGCCUUAACAAAACAAUGAGUUUCCUGUCCUUUGAAGAACCUUUAGGAAUCAGUCUGGCCUCAGCUGCUGUUUCCUUUUCCUUCAUGACAGUCAGUGUGCUUGGAAUUUUCCUUAAGCGUAGAGAUACUCCCAUUGCCAAGGCCAAUAACCAGGACCUCACUUACAUUCUCCUUAUUGCACUCUUACUGUGCUUUCUCUCUUCCUUGUUAUUCCUUGGUCAGCCAGGGAAAGUAACCUGCCUUUUCCGGCAACCAGCAUUCAGCAUCAUCUUCUCCGUUGCUGUUUCAUGUGUGUUAGCUAAAACUAUUACGGUGGUUGUAGCUUUCAUGGCUACUAAACCAGGUUCUUCAAUGAGAAAAUGGGUGGGAAAAAGAUUGGCUCUUUCCAUUGUCUUUUCUUGUUCUUUUCUUCAAGCAGUUCUUUGCAUUAUAUGGUUGGCAACAUCUCCUCCUUAUCCUGAGUUAAAUAUGCAGUUCCUGAUGGAAACUAUGAUUCUGCAAUGCAAUGAAGGUUCCAUCUUCAUGUUCUAUUGUGUGCUGGGCUAUCUGGGCUUCUUGGCCAUCGCCAGCUUUGUUGUGGCUUUUCUUGCCCGUAAUUUACCUGAUAGCUUUAAUGAAGCCAAGUUCAUCACCUUCAGCAUGUUGGCUUUCUGCAGUGUGUGGAUCUCUUUUGUUCCAACCUAUCUGAGCACCAGAGGAAAAGCCAUGGUAUCUGUGGAGAUCUUCUCCAUCUUAUCGUCCAGUGCUGGAUUAUUGGGAUGCAUCUUCUUCCCCAAAUGCUUCAUCAUUGUGUUGAGGCCAGAACUAAAUAGCAGGCACCGACUAAUCAAACGAAACAAUUAA